AUGCAGUCGCUCGCCCAGCCCCAGUCCCAGCGGGAGCGCCCCAGCCUCAGCCGGAGCCCUCAGGCCGUGCAGGGAGCCCCCGUGCAAGAGGAGCGCCAAGCCCCGCAGUCAGAGGUCCCGCAGGCUGAGCCUGCAGACAGCUCAGCGUUCAUGGGAAGCGCCUGGAAAAUGGGUGUUCUUACAGAUAGCGUGAUCAGGUUUAAAAAACCGAAAAGGAAAAAGGCUAGGGCCAUAGCCCCCCUGACCAAGAAGCCGGAAGAACAGAAUGAAACUCUGAAGGAGCAGCGCGGCUUGUGCUGUAUGGUUAUUCCCAGUUGUAUGGUGCUUGGUCUUAUAAAUGUAAGCCUUAACACAUUUCAGAGGGGCAGUGGUCUGAAAACCAUUGAAAAUAUUGUGUUGUCAUCGAGUUUUGAUAUUUCAUCUUGCCUGGUAGUAGUGUUUAUAGCAUACUAUGGAAGGAAAGGAAACAUUCUAAAAUGGAUUACAGUUUCCUCCUUUUUAGUAGGAUUUGGAUCACUUUUAUUUGCUUUUCCACACUUUCAUGGUGAAAGUUAUCAGUUGGACAUAGAAAUUGAAGAUAUUUGCAAAGAAAAGAAGAUUUCCGAUGAUUGCAAGAAAUCCUUUCCAAUCUAUGCAAAGUAUGUAACUUUCAUCAUGCUUGGGCUGACUGUGCAGGGAAUAGCAGGAAUGCCUCUUUAUAUCCUUACAGUACCCUUUCUUGAUGACAGCAUUGACGAACACUCAAUUGGUACUUAUCUAGGCAUGCUGGAAGCUUCACUAACAGUUGGAUAUGCUUUGGGUUAUGCAAUAGCAGCACCGCUGGUUACCAACCCUAAGAGAAGUACUUCUAAUAUAACAGUUGAUGGCGGUGAUAAUAAUGAACACUGGUUACAUACUUGGUGGAUUCGCUUUGUUUUUGUCACAGUUAUGGCAUGGUCUACAUUAAUAGCAUUUUUAUGCUUUCCACGGCAUAUAAAAGGUACAGGAAAGAUAACAACAUCUGAGAGACAAGAAAAGCAUCAACCAUUCGACAAAAAGUAUAAAGAUCAGGAAUUUGGAACUAGUAUCAGUGGUUUAUUUGCUUCUAUUUGGAUUCUGGUGAAGACUCCAAUGUUUGUAUUUCUAGCUCUGACCAGAGCUUCAGACUUUUUACUUAUAAUUGGAGCUUCUGCAUUUUUGCCUAAAUAUAUAGAAAAUCAGUUUAUAUUAACACCUAGUCAGGCAACUACACUUUCAGGACUUGUUUUAAUUCCAGGAGGUGCUUUUGGCCAGCUUCUGGGAGGUGUCAUUGCUUCCAAGUUACAGAUGUAUUGUAAAGGCCGUAUGAGCUUUACAAUGGUUACAUCUGCUAUAUCACUUGUACUGGUUACGCUUACAAUGUUUGUACGCUGUGAACCAAUGCCAUUUGCUGGGAUCACUGAAGAUUAUAACGGAACAGGGCAGUUGGGAAACCUGACAGCCCCUUGCAAUUCUCAUUGUAAAUGCUCAUCUUCAUUUUAUUUUGCUGUAUGUGGAAGAGACGAUAUUGGAUAUUUUUCUCCUUGCUUUGCAGGCUGUAAUAAAUCUAAAACAUUUAAUAAUGAGAAGACAUAUUUCAGUUGUUCUUGCAUUGAUGAAGGAAUAGCAAUUUCAGAUGAGCAAGGUGAUUUUAUUGAUGCCAACGCUGGGGCAUGUGUAUCAAGUUGCUAUAAAUUACCUAUGUUCAUUGUUUUUGUCUUUUCUACGAUUCUAUUUGCUUGUUUUUCUGUUAUACCGAACAUGCUGACCAUCCUUCGGACUGUACCUGACAAACAACGUUCUCUGGCCUUGGGUUUGACCUAUAUGAUUGUGAGAACUUUUGGUGCUAUACCUGGACCAAUAGUUUUUAAUAAGCUAGUAGAAAAUUCUUGUACCUUUCGGGAUAGUGGACACUGUGGAAACACAGAAAGUUGUUGGAUCUAUAACGUGAAAAAAAUGGCCUACCUAUAUUUAGGAAUGUGUUUUUUUUGCAAACUAUCUACCAUCUUCUUCACUUCUAUUGCAUUUGCCCUACGCAAAUAUUUAUUAAAGGAAAACAGUGUUAUCCUCACUACAACUUUUCUGGAACGGGAGGAUUAA